GCGAAACGAAACAACAUUCCGCGAUUUAAUAUGGCGCAUGCUAGGGACAGUGAUACGUCAUUGUGGCUACAUAAUAAGCUUGGCACGUCAAAUGACUCGUGGACAGGUGGUUCAAUUUGUUCACAACUCAAUUCGGAAGUGCUGAGGAACGUGAAAGAUUGUUUUCCAGACCUUCAACCGCAAGUUAAGCUAAAAUUGCUGUUGUCGUUUUUCCACAUCCCGCGCAGGAAUGUUGAAGAGUGGCGCGUGGAGCUGGAGGAGAUCGUGGAGAUCGCGCAGGUGGACGGCGACCAGUGGGUGUCCAUGCUGGCGGAGAUGAUGCGCACGCUGCCCGCCACGGGCUCCCUCAACACGGACGUCGGCGCCAUGGAGGAGAACAAGCGCAUCUUCUCGGACCUCGUCAACGACCUGCGCAAGCUCGUACGGAAGCAGUCCGAGCUCACCAUGUGGCCGAUGGAGUGCCACUACCUCAACAAGUCUGCGCUCGUCAGCCUGGUUGGCCAGCAGUCGUCCGCCACGAAGCACUUCACGCUGAAGCGCAAGCCCAAGUCGGCGGCGCUGCGCGCUGACCUCUUGCAGAAGUCUGUGGACGCGGCCAACAACCUCAAGAAGAACAUAGCCCCCACGGUGCCCGUGCGGUCGCGCGGCAUGCCGCGCAAGAUGACGGACACCACGCCGCUGAAGGGCAUCCCCAGCCGCCCGCUGGGCGGGGGGUUCAAGUCGUCGGCGCCGGGCGGCCCCGGGGCCCGGCCCCCGCUCUCGCGGGGCCCCGCCGGCCGCAAGGACGGCGGCAUCAAGCUUCUGGACAUAGCGGAGCAGCCGCUCGGCUAUGCCCAGGCCAAGAAGAGGAAGCGCAUGCAGGAGAUGGAGGAGACGAAGAGGGCGUCGGAGGCGGCGGCCGCAGCGCAGCAGCAAGGACAGGCGGCCGGCGCGGGGGGAGCGGCCCAGGGCACCCCGGACUACGCGGCGGGGCUGACCGCCAUGAACCCCCCCACCCCGGCGCCCGCCACCCCCUCCUACACCCCGGCCCCUGCCGCCGUCGCUACCCCCGCCCCUGCAGUCGCGGCAGUGGCGCCAACCCCGCAGCCCAGCGAGCCGGCGACCAGCCAGGCGGUGGAAGCCCCCGCGACGACGGCCCCCAGCUACGUGCCGCUCGUCGUCACCGCCACCAUCCAGGGCCCCGCGACGCAGCCCGUCGCGCAGCAGGCCGCCGUGGCGACGACGACUACUACCGCAUCGCCCGUCCCGGCCGCCGCCGCCGCCGCCGCCGCCCCCUCGCUGCCCAAGCAGGUGAUCCAGAUCCGGCCCGCGCCGCCGGUGACGCAGAUCAGACUGCAGCCGGUGGGGGCCGCGGGGGCCAACAGCGGCCAGCACAAGGGGCGGCUGUCCCUCACGAGGGAGCAGAUGCUGGAGGCCCAGGACAUGUUCCGCACCGCCAACCGCGUCACCCGGCCGGAGAAGGCCCUCAUCCUCGGCUUCAUGGCCGGCGCUCGCGACAACCCGUGCCCCGACCUGGGCAACGUGGUGACCAUCAAGCUGUCGGAGAACCAGGAGAACGUGCUGCAGGCGGACAAGACUUACCUCACCAUGCUGGUGGAGACGCACUUCCAGAUGAACUACAACACGGGCGAGUGGAAGCGCAUCAGGAAGCUGCGCAAGCUGGACGACCCGGGCGGCGGGCCGCUGCCGUCCAUCGCGACGCUCGCCGCCGCGGCCGCGGCCGCCGCCGCCGCCACCGCCACCGCCACCGCCACGUAGUCCCCCGACCCCCUCGUCUUCCCGCCCCCGGCGUGGCGCGCUCCUCGGGGUGAGGUGUCGCUUCCUUUGGCGAGCGCUUCGGCGAACUGUGGCGUGAAGACCGCCAGGCCGGUCCGUAAUUAGAGAAGUGGCAAGACUUAGAAAAAUUCUGGAAUCACGAGAUAUUAUUUUUCCGGGGUGUUGCCCCCCCCCCCCCCCCCCCCUCCCCUCCUCCAUCCUUCCCAUUUAAAGCAUUGAUACAUAAUUUUAAGUAGGUUGAUAAAACGUUUUACGGUAAAAAAAAAAUAUUUUUUGCUGCAGAUUGGUAAGUGUUGUUCAAUCAAUUUAUUUAUUUAUUUGUUCCCGAUCAGUUUGGUACAGCAGGGUAGCGAGGUUCCUAUCCGGCCCUUGAUGUUUUGAAAUGAGCCGUUUUUGCGUUUUUGAAGAUUCCGUUUGCAUGAAAAAAAAUUUUUUUAUGGUAUUUCUGUGUGGUUUUUAUUUGCAAAAGUUUAUAACUCUGAAUACUUUUUCCGGGAAAAACUUAAACAUCUCUACUAGAUCCUGCGUUAAAGUACGUUUGAGUUAAGGUAUUUAGAGAAUCGCGUAGUUGUCGAAAGUCUGAAUGUUUCGCUGAUGCACCUGCCGAAGGGAAGUCGCUGCCUCGCCUUGGACUCUGGUGCGGGUCCCGUCUGGUCUUCCCGUCGCUGUUGCUCUCGCUCCCUGGCUCCUGGCUCGUUUCUGUGGUUCGCAUCGGCCUCCGCCGUGAAGACGUUUGCCCGGGGGAGGGACUAUUUCCUACGUGGUUAACCGCGUUGACCUCAUGAUUUUUUUUUCUUUUCUUUCCCUCCCAAUCUCGCGUUGCAUCAAAAUUGAGGGUUGUCUGUUUGUGAUAUUGAGAGUAGCCUAAUUGAUACCUAUCGUUAUGGAAGAAUGUUAACUAGAGUCUCUGGCGUAGCUAAGGAGUAUUGAGUGCUUAAAUAUAUAUGUAUAUAAAUCAUUAUUGCUCAUGUAGUUUUCCGAUGUGAUGCAAAGAUUAAUUAUUUGGUAAAUAGAUGUUUUUCUUUGUGUUGCAAUGGCGGAUAAAUUUCGUGCUGAUUGCUUUUUACGGAAGGUUAUUUUUUUUCUGGUGUUGCAUCCAAUAAAUGGACCAUUCAAAUCACAUACACUAAUACCCUGUUUGUUGGGCCAAAAGUUUCUGCUAGCUUCGGCAUGCCUUUGGUAGAACUGAAUCUUGACUUUCGUUAUUACAAUUUUUUUUUGCUGGUUUUUGUAAAAAUCUAUUUGAUGUAGGGAAUGUAUAUUUUUAGUUCAUGAAAAUUUCAUUGAGUGCUGACAAGUCUAUGCAAAUGGAUUGCAUAAUUUAAAAUGCUAAAUAAUUAAAAACACCAGUAUUAAGAUUUUUUAUUUAAUUUUUUCUUCUACUUUAUGUAGCUGCAAAGAUUCAGCAGAUAAUCUUGUGUAAUAGUUAUCAAUGUAUACAAAACUUUUUUUUUGCAUCCAGUUAAAAAUUUUGUGUUAAGCUUAUAAAAAGAAGGUGACUGUCAGGACAAUUGCUUGUUAAGGAAGAUGCAUUUUGGAAUCCGUAGUCAUGUACAGUGAUUGCUUUAGUCGUUAUUGUGCUUAUAAUCUAUGACCGUGUUAUGUUUGCUUGAGAAAAACUUUUUGUCGAGGACACAAACUGAGGCCUUGAUCGAAAUAGUGGAAAAUUGGCCAUUGUCUGAAGGCAUAGUGGCUACUUGGGGACUUUCCGAUCUUUUCUUGUUCAAGCUUGAACAUUUCCAUGUAACACACUUCUGCGCUCCAGAUUUCAGUUUUUUUUUUUGCAGAGUUUUCUCGUUUUAUUCAGCAACAGUUGUCGCUCAAGAUUUCUUGUCCAUUUUGUAGAGAUUUUUUUUUAAAUUGUCAAGUUUUAGUUCUAAGAUUGAUUUUUUAUACUUGUAAUUUUUUUUUCUUUCAAUUGUCUUGUAAGUAUAAAGUGAAUUUGGCAUCUGUGCAUAAUAAAGUAUAUAUUCUGCAUUUAGUAGAGAGAAGUUAA